AUGAAGCGGAUCCUCUGGGGAGGAAAAGGAGGAAGAUCCCCCUUCCGCCAAUUCCCAAGUUGGGGCCACUCACAUAGCUUGAGGAAGAACGACGUGCACACGGGCCGCCACCUCCGCCUGAACAGCGACAAGUGGACUGUAAACAAAUUCGCAAACUUAAGAGGCAUCCACCUGCGGAAAAACACCUGCACAGGCAAGGUGGAAAUAUUCAUCGACGAUUCAAUUUUGUUAACCAAUGGGGGGAAGGUACUCUCCUUCGAAAGCUUCGACCUCUGCUUUUUGAUCAAGCAGGAGUUGCUGCGGAAUAGGGAGAAGAUGGAUUUGCAGAAAAUGCCCCUCACGUUGAUGGCAAACAAUUUGGUGGAUUUUCUGGAGGGAGAAAACGCACACAUGGAAGGGGAGAAUAAGGGGAGCCACUUCCAAGAGCAGAGAUCCAUCAUGGAAAAUAAAAUUUUUGAAAAUUUUCAAAACGAUUUAAUUCUUUACCAAAAUGGACAGCCCAACAUGAUGGACGAGGUGAAAAACGGGGGAGGGUCCCAAACGAUUGACUUGCCGAAAAGUCUUAAUUAUAUAGAAAAUUACAAAAUAAAAAGUUUGAGGGAGGAAGAAAAUAUUGUGUACAGUAAAUUCAUUUCCAUUUUUGAAAACAUUCAUGGAGUGAAGUUAAGAAGAGCAAAUCACUUUGAAACUCCUGUGCAGGAUUUGCAUGUGGAGGAGAAAAUAAAAAAUCUGAUAAAAAAUAUGAACAGUUCAGGCAUUUUUUUGUUUUACAAGUGCACACAGAUUUUGAGUUCCUUCGUUUUCAGUUACCUUUUUUUGCACGGGCACAUGGGAUAUAAGGACGUGUAUCGCUGCUGCAACUUGGAGAGCAUUCAUCAGUUUGUUAAGUGGGGCUACGUGUACGACGUGCACGGCGCCCGGGACGCGGGCGCGCUGCUCGCCCUCUCGUCGCUGCGCCUGCUGGGGGCGCUCCUCCGCCGGGAGCGAGCGGAGUGA